AUGGCAUCUGUGGAUUUCUCGUCGCCUCGGCAGAGCCGCGCAUCAAGCAAUGCGUCCUCCAAAGCACCCAAAUCACCUCUCUCUCUCGACCUUUCAGACCUCCCACCUCUCAUAACACCAUCAGAACCCUCAAAUACUCUCAUCAUAACUAACCUCCACGAUGUCGCCAUCUUCCACCCAGCGAAUCUUGCCACCAUUCGCGACAGUAUUAAUGAGCGCGCCGAACUCCACUCCUUCGCGCCUCUCAAGUCCUUUCGCCGCAUAAUCGCUUCGUUCUUCAAGAUAGAGGAUGCUAUAUCUAUACGUCAGCAACUUGACGGUACGCACUUGAUGGGCUGCCCAACGCGCGUCUUCUUUGGUGAACCUACUCCAAUCAACCCAGCGGACCAACAUCUCGACCUACCCAAGAGUGCCAGGCUCUUCUUCAUCAGCCCUCCUCCAUCGCCGCCGCAUGGCUGGGAGGUGCGCAAUGAAGACCCCCCAAAUAAAAUGGUUCACGCGGAAGAUUUGGCAACUGCUCUGGCGAAACUGAAUGCCAACACAGCAACAAGAGAUAUAGGCAUCGACUGCCCCUCGCCAACCACAGAAAGCGGCAACCCGGAGACAUCACCUCGAGCUAAGACGAGGAAGCGCGGAAGUUCCACGGUCGUGUAUCACCCUGAUGACCACGGCGACAGCCCUCUCCUCCCAGUAAUUUCCGUCGACGAUACGACUGGCCUGUCAGGAAGCCCUGGUAUCCUUACUCCCCUGAAUGUAGAUCGCAUGAAAGAGGUCAGAACAGAGCGACCUCCUAUGGAUAUUAUGACUGCAUGA